CUCAAGUCAUGUGAUUCCAGAGCAUCACUGAAGUCCUUUGUUGAUGAUGGUGAUUCUCAGAACCUCAGACAUUGUCUGAGUAAAUGCUAGAACAAUACUUUGUUUUUUCUUUUGCGGGUACUGUUGAGGAAGGAGGCAGUGAUUCUCAGAGGGAAAUUUAAGCCAUCUGUUUGCGGCUGAGAUAAAAUAGAGAGAGACGGACACGUCAAAGGUAAAGAGGCGACAGGCAAAAUAGCCCAUGAUCGCACACCCUAUCACUACGACGACCAGGCGAGCCAUCAAUACAAUCAACCAGACAUUCGCUUUAUGAUAUUUGUGCGCCGAACUCUGAGAUAAUGUGUUUUUUUCUAUGGCUAUCCUGGGAGAUAAUCCCGCUUUUGCGAAAGAGAUUAAACCUUUUUUAGCCGUGGGUGAAACAGUUUGUCAGUAACAACGCGUUUUCCCUUUCUAUUAAUCCACGACUGGAUUCUGCACAUCCACUGGAUUCGUUGCAGUAUUUUUACAAUUUGAAUGAAAUAGGUAUAGCGUUUGAUUUUGAGAAAAUACACUGUGUCCACUACACAGCAUCGUGCACAUCAUGUCAAUAAGAUAUCCACUCUCAUCUCACGGACCUUCGGCAGGCCGUUUUCUCUUGUCUGUCCUCUGCCUUUUGGUAGUCUCUAAACUGCCUGGAGCACAAGCCUCGCACCCUCUGAGCAGCGAAUGUGUCUCAGGAAAAGGCAAAGGAUGCGUAGAUUUUUCUGAGAAGAAGAGUGACCUGAGAGUGUGUGACGCUGCGACAUGUCGUUAUGGUGGCACCUGCCGGGAAAGUGGGGCUGACCUUAAAUGUGUCUGCCAGUUCCAUUGCAGUAAGAAGUACACCCCGGUUUGUGGGACCAACGGGGACACUUACCAGAACGAGUGCUUCCUGAGGAGAGCUGCAUGCAAGCAGCAGAAGCCGUUAACACAGGUCUCUGAUGGGGCCUGCUUUACAGAUGGCAGUUCUGGAUCAGGCGAUAGAGAUGAUGAAGGGUCUGGCACAAGCAGAGGGAAAAAGCCCACAAAAUGCGGCAACUGCAAUUUUGGGGCAGAAUGUGAUGUUGACUCAGAGGAUGUAUUGUGCAUGUGCAACAUUGACUGCAGUGGCCAUAAUGAGAACCCUGUGUGUGGAACCGACGGGAACUCCUACAGUACCCCCUGUCACGUAAGAGAGGCUUCAUGCUUGAAGCAGGUCAAGAUCGACGUCAAGCACCUGGGGAGGUGUCCAGAAAAAGGGAAGAAGAAGGACAUAGAUGAUGUCAGCAACACCAACACAGAUCUUUUUGACACGGCUGACGUAGGGGAGGGUCCGGCUUAUGGAGGGAUACCGACCCCCUGCACGGACGACUACGCCAACUUCUGUGAACACGGCCAAUGUGAAGUCAAGUAUAGCAUCCCCUCAUGCCGCUGUGACUCAGGCUACACUGGGCAGCAGUGUGAGGAGAUUCAGGACUUCAACAUCCUGUACGUGGUGCCGAGUGGACAGAAGCUCCACUACGUCCUCAUAGCGGCCAUCAUUGGUGCCGUGCAGAUCGCUAUCAUCGUGGCUGUCGUCAUGUGUUUCACACGGCGAUGUCCCAAAAACCAGAGGGGACGAAGACAAAAGCAACACCUUGGCCACUUCCCGUCUGGGACAUCGUCCAGGAUGAUGUAGCCCGUUUUUAUAAAAAGAAAAAAAAGGCUUUUU